GGUAGUUAAAAGCCGGCUGCCGGGGACCGCGGACGCACGAUGGCCAAGAUCAACAUCCCCUCAUUCACGCUCAACAAUGGCAUCCAAAUGCCAGCUCUGGGUUACGGGACGUGGCUCGGUCUCCGCCCGCAGGACAGAGAGUGCGACUACUCCGGCUGGGACAAGAUGGUGGCAUGCAUCUCGUACGCUAUCGACGUGGGGUACCGACACAUCGACACGGCACAUUUGUACAGGAUCGAACCGGAAAUAGGACAGAUUAUAAAGAAGAAGAUCCAAGAUGGUGUCGUGAAGAGAGAGGACAUUUUCAUCACCACUAAGGUGUGGCCGACGUACAGCCGCGAGGCCGACGUGGAGGUCUCUGUGCGCGGCUCUCUGCGCCGUUUAGGCCUCGACUACGUGGACCAGGUGCUCAUGCACUGGCCGCUCUCCUUCAGUGAAGAAGGCGUAGACCAAAACAUCGACUACCUAGAGACCUGGAGGGGCUUCGAAACCGUCCUCAAGAAGGGGUUGACGCGCUCCAUCGGCGUGGCCAACUUCAACGUGGACCAGCUGAAGCGCCUCAUCGCCAACAGCAACGUGAAACCUGUCACCAACCAAGUGGAGCUCAACCUCGCCUUCGGCCAAAAGGAAAUCGUGGACUACUGCACCUCCCAGAACAUCAGGGUUGUCGGCUGGGCGCCAUUCGGAGCCAUGAUCGCCAGCCGUGCCGCUCCUGACGCUAAGGGACCUAAGAUGGACGACCCAACCCUCGUCGCUAUUGCCAAGAAAUACAACAAAACUGUCGCACAAGUCGUGCUGAGAUACUUGCACCAACGCGGUAUCAUCAUCAUCCCAAAAACCCUCACCCCCAGGCGCGUCGUCGAAAACGCGUCCAUCUUCGACUUCACACUGUCGCAGCCGGAGUUCGACACAUUAUCGAAGUUCGACGUCAAUUACCGCUCGAACAGACCGAUUUUCUGGCAGGAAUACUCCGACUACCCCUUCGAGAAGUACGACGUUCCUCCCAGUGCUAUCCCGAAGUCGCUACUUACGUGGAAGAAUGGGAAAAAUCAAGAUAUCGAUUUGUCCUUCUGUAUUCGAGUCGCCAUGUUGUUUUUAACGCUGGCCGGCUUGUUCGCUGUGGUGGUAUGUGACGAAAAAGAUGGCGGCAAAGCACCCAGGAUCCCUCUGAACGAUGGCAACUCUAUGCCCGCUAUGGGGCUUGGCACCUUUCUCGGUUUUGACGAGAAAGGACAGAAGGAAGCAAAAAGUCUGGAGGUGGAGAAUGCCGUGUCAUGGGCACUUGACGCCGGGUACAGGAUGUUAGAUACAGCCUCAGCCUACAACAACGAAGUGCAGGUUGGGAGAGGCGUCCACAACUCGACAGUUCCUAGGGAACAUGUUUUCCUUGUUACAAAGUUGGGCGCCAACGAGAAGAGAGACGUUGUGGGGGCACUGAGAAAGUCUCUAGAACGCCUCAACAUGAGCUAUGUCGAUCUGUAUUUGAUUCACAACCCCGUAUCUUUCACUCCGGACCACAAACAGUACGAAGUCAUAGACUACCUAGACACCUGGAGACAGAUGGAGCAAACCAAGAAACUGGGGCUGGCGAAGUCCAUCGGAAUAUCCAACUUCAACAUCAGCCAGAUGGACCGGUUGUUGGCCAACUGCGAGAUCAAACCAUCGGUACUUCAAGUUGAGGUGAAUCUCAACCUCGCUCAGAACGACAUCCUCCAAUACUGCCAACGUCACCACAUAGCAGUGAUGGCGUACACACCAUUCGGAAACCUGUUCAGCGCUGACAAGAGCCCGCCGCCACCGCGCGCCAGCGACCCCACACUCAUAACGAUGGCCACUAAAUACAAGAAGAGCGUUGCACAAAUCGUGCUGAGAUAUUUGGUGCAAACAGGAGUAGCACCAAUCCCAAAGUCAGUGAACAAGCCCAGGAUCGAAAUAAACAUCGAUAUCUUCGACUUCACCCUGACACCGGAAGAAAUGCAGAUCCUGAGUGGCUUCAAUAAGAACUACCGUACAGUGUGGCCGAGCUUCUGGCAGGACCACCCCUACUACCCCUUCGAGCAGAAGGCGGUCCCUGACCCGGACUUGUUCAAUCCCAAGACAGAAUAAGAAACCAUGAGAGUAUUAAGAAGA